AUGGAGAUGUAUGCAGGAGCUUCCUGGACAGGCUCGUUACUCGGGUACCAGUUUGCUGGCCUUGAAUAUGGGUCUGAGUGUUACUGUGGCAACCGCAUCACAAGCUCUCGGAUGAAAGAGGAGGAGUGUAACUUGGACUGCAAAGGCGAGAAGGGCGCCAUCUGUGGAGGUGUGUCCCGUCUGUCCGUUUACAAGGUGGAGGAGGUUCUUCCUGGCCAGCGGAGAUACAGGAAAGUACGCUACCGGGGCUGCUUCAAAAAACCUGACAACACAACAGCAGCUUCCCUGGCUCAUGCCAUCCAGCCCAACCUCACCUCCCAGUGGUGCAUCGAGACCUGCAUGGAUCAGGAGUUUCCUCUGGCUCUGGUCAGGAAGCCUGACUGUUUCUGUGGCUAUGCUACCCCUCGCUUCACUCUUCAUGAGCCGGUGAAAGAGGAGCUCUGUGCUGUGGAAAACAGCAGUCUGCCUAUCCAAAGUUCCCAUCAGCUCUUCCUCCAGGUUUAUCAGACACCUGUUCAAGAUUCCAGAUGCACAGAGAAGAAGUUUCUACCUGAGAAGUCAAGCUCACUCGUGGCUUUGUCCAGUUUUCCUGGUGCGGGAAACACCUGGGUGAGGCAUCUGAUCGAGCUUGCCACAGGCUACUACACAGGCAGUUACUAUUUUGAUGGCACAAUCUACAAUAGAGGCUUCAAGGGGGAGAAAGAUUACUGGAAGAGUGGAAGAACCGUCUGUGUGAAGACACAUGAGAGUGGCCAGCGGGAUAUAGAGAUGUAUGACUCAGGAAUACUGUUGAUAAGAAACCCCUACCGCUCGCUCAUGGCUGAGUUCAACCGCAAGUGUGCCGGGCAUCUUGGUUACGCUUCUGAUCAGCACUGGAAGAGCAAAGAGUGGCCAGAAUUUGUGGGUAGUUAUGCCUCCUGGUGGGCUUCUCACGUAUUGGACUGGCUGCGUUAUGGAAAGAACCUUCUGGUGGUGCAUUAUGAGGAGUUGCAGGAGUCACUGGUGCCCACAUUACGAUCCAUUACUUCCUUCCUCAAUACUAGUGUCAGCGAAGAGCGGCUCCUCUGUGCUGAGUGCAACAAGGAUGGCCACUUCAAGCGCUCAGGUGCGCGACGGCCCACCUUUGACCCCUUCACCCUAGAUAUGAAACGGCUGAUUGAUGGCUACAUCAGCACUGUGGACCAGGCCCUCAGAGCCAGCAACCAUUCUAGCUUGCCAAAGGAGUAUCUCCCAAGAUGAUAAGUCCAGAACUAGAGUACAGGACUGGUUGUCUUGCUCAAGCUCCAGUGCUACAAACUUACAAACUAUGAUGUCCUGGAGCUAUUUUGAUACGUUAUUUCCUCACAUAUUGAGGCCAAAAAUAGUGCCAUAUGAUGCUGUUAUGCUUUGAGAUCGUCAUGUUUUAACGGCGGUCCGUGGAUCAGUGUGCGAAAGGAAAAAGUUCAACUUUGUUGCCAUACCAUGGUGGAUAAUUAUAAAGAUUAGGUUUGAUGACUGCAGACUUGAACUUGAGACUCUAGUCAGAGGCUAAAUAAGUUCCCCUUGCUCCUUUGGGAAGAAACUUGAGUGCUUAAUUACAUAAUUCAGCUACAAGUCAACAAGAGGCCUAAAUAAACAACAGAUGUAAUUGCUUAUGACCUAAUCUGACAUGUACUGUAGAUGAUAAUGAAAUGUCCACAUGACCACAAAAAAAGCAUAAUUAUUACUAUACAGUGACAUUUUUGUUUUUUACUUUGUAGGGGAAAAUGUUGACUAUUUACAAAGCUGAUAUCAUAAAUGCUAGGAUGAAUGUAAUCUAUUAACAUAACAGACGAUGCAUAGACACUGCAAAACUUUUAGUAUUUUUGUCUUUUUU